AUCCAAGGCUCGCACAGAGCUCUAACUUCAUCUAAAAGCUGUCUGCUAACGGAUAGUCAACCACUGUCUGCAGCGAUGGCACCCCAAGGCGUGAUUCCACCACCCUACGAAGGCCCGAGGGCGCUGGGCUUCUCCAAGUACGCUGAUCCUCCGCAGAGGAUGGCUUUGUUCUCAGCAGCUGCAGCAGUUCCUGUUUCAACUUCUCCCACCCCAGACAACGCCAUCGCUACCAAACAGCAGAUUGCUGCCUCGCAGUCCGCACACAGGGUCGCGCCAGCUGCUGAGCUCGCUGUAGACCAGGGCACAGCCUUGAAGAAAGAAGUUGAGGCUCACACUGCCAAGUUCUCUCAAACCAUCUCCAGUGCUAUCGUAAACACUCGCGAGCUGCUAAGCCUCCUCCGCGAGUCCACGCCUGGAUCAGAAGCGGUUGACAACCUCUGGAAAGAGCUUGAGCAGCUUUUCAAAGCGGCGAACAACAGCAACGCUGCUCUUCCAGAGUUCAUGAAGAAGCAGCGCGACAACCUGAGUCUCUAUCAUUCCUCUAUGAUGAACGAGACGAUCCGCGACACUCAGGAGGAGCUGCGUUUCCAGCACAAGAAAGUCAACACGCAGCACGACCUGAUCCUCGAGCAGCAGGAUGCUUUCCAGAACUACAAAGCGCAGAACGCCUCGAAGCUGCAGGAGCUUGAGAAUGUUCAAGAACGCGUCUCACGUCUCACGCUCGAGAAGGGUAACUUCCGCACCGAGGUCGAGAAGUACAAGGAGUUGUUAGAGCAAGAGAAGACGAAGAAGGCGGAGAAUCUCAAAGCUGCCAACGCCCUGCAGAAGGAGUUCGAAGCAUCUGCGUCCUCAGCGAAGCAGCUGCAGGCGGAGAACGACACUCUCCGCAAGACGACCACUGAAGCGCUUGAGCAGCUCAAGACUACCGAACUGAAGGUGACUGAGCGCUUCGCCAAAGAGUUGGCGGCCAAAUCCGAGGAGCUCCAGAAGGAGUCAGCCAAGCUCACCUCGCUCAACGCUCUAAUCAACACUAUGAAGAGCAGCGAGGCUGCCACCAAGAAAGAUCUUGAAAAGAUCAAGAACGAGCAUCGUCUCCUUAGUGUCAAGUACAACAACCAAACCACAGAGCAUGCAGCGGCGUUUCAGAAGGCGAACGACCAGACCAAGAUGAUCGAGGCGCUCACUGCCGACGUCGACCGUCUCCAGAAGCAGAAUACGGACUUGCAGUCCAAGGCCAAGAACGCUGCCGAGCUUGCGAAGACCAACGACGAGCUAUCAAACGCCAAGAAAGCCAUGGGUCAGCAGCUCGAUAGCCUCACUGUGCAACUGAACCAUGCGAAAGAAGAUAUGACGGCUGCCCAAGACGAAGUGCAGAAGCUCCAAGUCGAGGUCGCCUCCAAGGUUGCCGCCCCAGUUCCUGCCACCGAUGAAGAUCUCCUCCAGCAGGUUAAGGCUCUCGAGGAGCAGAAGAUCACCCUCGAGGGCACGCUCGCAGAGUGGACCCAGCUGGCAAAGCGUUCCUACAAGGAGUAUAAGGAGAUGGUGCCCAAGUGUCAGGAGGCCGAUAAGCUUCGACUAGAUGCUCAGGAGAAGGAGGAACAGAUCAUCGCCCUCAAGGCACAGCUUGCUUCCGCCAAAGGCUCCAAGCCCAACGGCGUCGGUGCCGCUGCCCCUAGUGCCGCCGGCGGUGACGCUGCCUACUGGAAGGAGAAGUACGAGAGGCUCUUGUCGGAGCUCUGAACGCAUCCUACUGUUCCAUACUCGCAAGGCGGUGGCGUGGAAGAAGGUUCGUGGCAUGACAAGCGGGUUUGACAGCCAGCAGCGACUGCGCGAAGGAGGCCAUGGCUCGCAUCUCUGUGAAGACAUGCAGAGAUGACAUAGUGAACAAGAUAGCGGGUGUAUGCCCCUCGUAUCAAAACGGGAGAAGAGUGAGCUGCACUGCCUCGAGCGCAACUAGUGCAUCGAUACAUCAAAGUUAUCAAAGCCUCUUCUGAUAUACCACAGUCACAGAACCCAGUUCCCGCCAUGUGCAAACCAGUUCAAAAAACCAAACGCCCACCUCUCCCUACUUAAUACUCCGCACCAACUCCCUCAAAU